CACACCACCACCACCGAUGCCGUCCUUCACGCGCCGCGUCCCGGCCCAGCGGGCAGCAGCAGGCGCAGCGGGAACGGCAGCAGCCUCACCGACAGCGGCAACGGCGGCGGCUCAAAACCUCGAAGGCACCCGCCCGUCCCCCUCCGCGCCGGGCCUUCGCCUCCUCCCAACCGGCAUCGGCUCGCUCGACGACCUGCUUGGCGGCGGCCUCCCGCUAGGCAACGUGCUCACCCUCCUCUCCCCAGACCCACAUACGGCGUGGGCACGCCUCGUGGCGCGCCACGUUGCCGCCCAGGGCGCGGUCUCGCGCCAGCGGAUCAUCGUACUCGCUGAGCGGGGUGACGCACGCGCGUUCGUCGACGGCCUGCCGUGGGUCGAGGGGCGGGACGAUGCCGGCUCCGAGUCGGAAACUGAGGGCGGCGCCGACGACGGGCGGACAAGGAUCGCGUGGCGGUACGACCGGAUGGCAAAGUUCCAAACUACUGUCGGAAGCAGCAACCUGGCCGCGAACACCACAAUCCCUGCCGACGUGCGCGCACACCUAGAGUCCAAGGGGCAGAUCGUGUAUGUCGACCUACCUGCAGCCGACACCGUCUCUGCGUCGAUCGUCGCGCUCGCUGCGGCGCUCGAUACGCCCUUCGACGGGGUGACUCGCGUGGCGGUUCCAGACCUUGGUGGGAUCGAGUGGGGCCGCCUCUCAAGCACAGAUAUCACCCGGUUCCUUGUCUCGCUGCGUGCACUACUCCGCCCUCGCGCCGCCAGCGCAGUCGUGACGCUUCCCCCACGGCUGAGCCAGAACUCACCGGACAACACGUCGCCAAGUGAAUGGGUGACGAGCCUGGCCUGGUCGUCGGACGCGUGCAUCACCCUCGCGGGCUUCGGCACCGACCCGACCCUCGCGCCGGUCUUCGCCCCCGCGCACGGGCUGCUAACACUGCACUCGUUCCCAACGACGCACCACCUCUUGGCGCCGACGACGCGCCACUCGACGCUGCUCGGCGUCGGCGGCGGCGCCGGCUCGGGCGGUGCAGGCGAGAACAAUCUCGGCUUCAGGCUCAAGCGCAAGCGGUUCGUCAUUGAGACUGUCCAUCUGGGCAUUGAGGGCGGGUCGAGCGAGCGCCGGACGGAACCACCGGCUGUUUCCGGCGUCGUGCGGCCCGAACGCACGCAGGCAAAGGUCGGCGUCGAGGUCGAGACGGACGCCGCCGAGCCCACACCUGCACCUCCGCCCUCGUCGGCUCUUCCCGAGCCUGCGGCAAAACCAAAGAAGGUGCGCGCCAAAGUCCGCUUCGGCGACGAGCCUGAGGCGGCGCCACAGCCUCAUGGACACGCGCAUGGGCACGCGCAUGGGCACUCCCACGCCGGCCAUGGUCACAGCCACAGCGCACGCGUCGAAAUCCGGCAUGACCGCCCGGACCUGUACGAGUUCUAGUCGCGCACGCACCCACGUGCACUCCAUCAUUGUACACUAUGCAUCGCCAUUAUCU